AAUUCGACGCUCCGCUCGUUCGUGGGGCAUACAGACGAACACCUCACGGGGACAACCAGGCCACUCGCUCCGCUUUACUCCGGAACGGAAGCUUCCCGCGGAAAGAAUGUGCUGGUGCGCGGCCCUCGUCGCCGGAGGCCGGCUGCCACCGCCCGCCCUCCCCUGCCGGCUCCGCCGCCGCCGAAGGAGCUCCGUCCGGGCAGAGGUCUCGCCAGGUGGCGAGUCCCAGCAGAAGAAGGUCGCCGUCGCGGGCGCCGGCUGGGCCGGCCUUGCCGCCGCGCACCACCUCAUCAAACAGGGGUACGAUGUCACGCUUCUCGCCGCAGAGAGCGGCCCAACCGAGGAGGUUGGCCUCAGAGGAUUCUGGCAUCCGUACCGCAACAUCUUCGCUUUAGUCGAUGAACUGGGGAUUUCGCCUUUCACGGGCUGGAAUAAAGCAGCCUACUAUUCUACAGAGGGCCUUGCUGUUGAAUUUCCCAUAUUUCAUAACCAGCCCCGAUUACCAGCUCCCUUUGGAGUCUUUGCAUAUCCAGAAUUCCCAAAUCUUCCUUUGAUUGAUAGGCUGACAUCAAUUCCUGUCAUAGCUGCAGUCAUUGACUUUGACAACACUGACACUGCUUGGAGGAAAUAUGAUGCAAUGACUGCAAAAGAACUUUUUAAGAUGUACGGUUGCUCUCAAAGGCUCUACAAGGAAGUCUUUGAGCCAGCUAUUCAGGCUGCCCUGUUUGCUCCUGGCGAGCAAUGUAGUGCAGCUGCAACACUGGGGAUGCUGUACUAUUAUAUGCUGUCUCAUCAGGAAAGUUCUGACUUCUUGCUGUGCCGUGGUGAAGUAGAAGAAAAAAUUCUCUCUCCUUGGCUGCAAUCAUUGGAGCUUAAAGGUUUAAAAUUUGUAGAAAACAAAGUUCCAACAAGUUUGACUACAGAUGCGGAUACUGGAUGCAUCUCUGCUAUUGUCUGUGGUGACUAUGUAUAUGAGGCAGAUGCAUUUGUUUCAGCCAUGGGACUCUCUUCUCUACAAUCCAUCGUCAAAAACAGUCCGUUCCUACGGUCUGAUCGGGAAUUCAGGAAUCUUCUUCACUUAUCUACACUCGACGUGAUCUCUGUAAAAUUAUGGUUUGAUAAAAAGGUCACAAUUCCAAAGGUUGCCAAUGUAUGUUCUGGUUUUGAUGAUUCGUCUGGCUGGGCAUUCUUUGACCUAACCUCAAUACAUGAUGAUUAUAAUGAAGAAUCAAUAACAAUUGUGGAGGCUGAAUUUUAUAAUGCUAGCCAUUUGAUACUUGUAAAUGAUGAUGAUAUUGUCUCUGAAGCUUCAUCACAUCUUAUCAAAUGCAUACAAGAUUUUGAGGGUGCUAUUGUGAUAAGAUAUUCAAUCAGAAGAUCUCCUAAUUCUGUAAUCAACUUUCUUCCAGGCUCCUACAAGUACACACUGAGAGGAUCAACUUCCUUUCCAAAUUUGUUUAUUGCUGGUGAUUGGAUUGUCAACCGACAUGGGUCCUUUUCUAAAGAAAAAGCAUAUGUGACUGGACUUGAAGCUGCUAAUAGGGUGGUAGACUAUUUUGACACCGGGGACUUUGCCAAAAUAAUUGCAAUCGAAGGAGAUGAGCCCCAUAUAGAGACAUUGCGUAGUCUCAACAGAAGAGCCAAUGAACUGAAGUCACAAAUUCCAUUCUCAGAAUUCUUUCUCCAAUAAUUUGGUUGGGAUUUUCCUGUGUCUGUUGACCAAUGCCCACUGUUGUAGGGCCCAUAUGUAAAAGGACUGCGCUAUCGAUAGGUCUGUCAGGUGCACCACCUUUGAGCCAUGGAUGUUCUGCACAUGGAGUCAUCCAUUUAUUUGGGAUGAAGUAUAAAACGUGGAAAUGCAGAUGAGCUUUACACUCAUAACUCAAGUGUUGUAUGAAAAGGCAAUAUGGAGGGCCACGGGGAGGAGAUUAAAUCAAGUUCGCCGGCCAAUAUUGCAUCAAAUAUGCCUUUCUCCGUUUCUGCUCAUCAGAUACACAAAUUCUGUCAUCAGCCAAUCAUACUGGAGGCAAUGUAGUAGUCUGUCAGGAUGAAGAUGUUUGGAUCUUCACCCACCUGCCCAGAAAGGCGGUGACCCGCAUAGAAGAAUGUAUAGGAUCACGCCAGCACUCCAGACAUCAAUCUCUCUGCCGUAAUUCCGGUGCAGUACCUCUGGCGCCACAUAGUACGCACUUCCCACGAUGUCCUUGUAAACUUUACCUGCAAUUUGUUGGGGGUGGGGGGGAAUUGAAUUGUCUAGUGUUAUCACAUCAUUUGCAUGGAACAGUUGCAUUUUACUUGAAUGAAUAUAAUGAUGAGCAAAUAAA